CAAAAGCGACGACAUUCCGGGGCCAGAAAAUAUGAUCAGCCUGCGGGCACAGAGAGGACAGCCAAGUAAAAUAUGCCAAAAAAAAAAAAAGGAGAAUACUGUGAGGAGGCUGAGCAGCAACUGAAUGUAAGUUAAAGUCUUGUAAAUUAUGCGCAACAGCGUGAAAGCGGGCGUUUGGCUGUGUGGUUAAUGAUGAUACCGGAUAACUGGCACUUAAAGGAUAUUUAUGCUGCAAGUGCUGCAGUAUUUAUGCUCAAUCCACAAUCGAGACUCAGUCAGAGAGACACUCGUGAAAUUGCCAACUCAGCGCAGCGCAUCGCAUGAAUUUGACUCGAGUUGAGUUGCGGAAUUUGCAGUUUAUUUUUGGCCAGAGCUGGGUCAGAGGCGGCUCAACUCGAAGUCGACGUCGACGUCGAAGAUCGUUAUGACGAUGAGUCUGCCUAAGCCUCUCGAGAGCAAGGGCAUUAAAAGUCCAUUAAGCAGCGCUCCGCUUGCGGAGGCGGCUUCAAGUUUUGCUCCACUUUUCUCAAGCAACGAAUUAAGAGCCAAAAGUUUAUUUGUUUUUUUUUGCUGUUGUUCUGACUGCUGCUGAUUAUUGUUGAUUUCUGUUGUUGUUGAGGCAGCGUUUUAAAGUGUUAUGCAAAUAAACCUGAAAGCAAACAAAGAAAGCGGAGAAAGAAAGAAAGAAAAGAAAUGAAAUGAAGCAAAUCGCAAAACUCCAAUAAAACAUUCAUAUUUUUGGCAACAACAACAUUCACAUUCGCUGUGGCGGUAUAAGUAGCUGGCGCUGUGCAAACAUCAGCGUCACUUUCCACCCCGACUCCGGACAACUCCAGACAACACCAAGAUGCGUUCCCAACUAGCGCUGCUGCUGCUCGGCUGCAGCCUGGCGCUGGCUCAAUACAACUACGAUGCGCCCAAGGAUCAGCUGAGGACUGUGAAUGAACGCUUCGAGGAUGUCGUCGAUCUUGUGGCUCACCAGAACGAACUCAACGAGGGCAGAGCGCGUAAAGGAGCUCGCAAUCAAUGCACCACCAAAGCCAACUGCUUCUGCGGCUUGCCCAAUGUCAAUCGCAUAGUGGGAGGCCAGCAGGUGCGCACCAACAAGUAUCCUUGGACCGCUCAGUUGGUGAAGGGUCGCUACUAUCCGCGUCUCUUCUGCGGCGGUUCGCUGAUCAACGAUCGCUACGUUCUGACUGCUGCUCAUUGUGUGCACGGCAACAGGGAUCAGAUCAGCAUUCGCCUGCUGCAGCUGGACAGAUCCUCGCAGGAUCCUGGCAUUGUGCGCAAGGUGAUCAAGACCACAGUCCAUCCCAACUACGAUCCACAACGCAUUGUCAACGAUGUGGCGCUGCUCAAGCUCGACUCUGUUGUACCUUUGGGUGCCAACAUGCGUCCCGUUUGUCUGCCCGAUGUUAACCACAACUUUGAUGGCAAGACGGCCACCGUUGCGGGCUGGGGUCUGAUCAAGGAGGGCGGCACCACCAGCAACUAUCUGCAGGAGGUCGAAGUGCCCAUCAUCACGAACCAACAGUGCAGGACGACGCGCUACAAGGAGAAGAUCUCCGAAGUCAUGCUCUGCGCUGGCCUGGUCAAGUCCGGUGGCAAGGAUGCCUGCCAGGGCGACAGUGGCGGUCCUCUAAUUGUCAACGAGGGUCGCUACAAACUCGCUGGUGUGGUGUCCUUUGGCUACGGCUGUGCUCAGGCCAAUGCGCCUGGUGUCUAUGCCAGAGUGAGCAAGUUCAUCGACUGGAUCAAGAAGAACUCUGCCGAUGGCUGCUAUUGCCAGAGCUAGAGUUGAAUACGGAAUACCGAAUACGAUAGUUUCACUUGCAUUAAUCCCAUUCUAAAUUAUUCUAAAUUAUUCAACAUGCUGCUCAUCCAAUAAAUAAUUCACCAUAAAAUAUUAUUUAAUUUCG